AUGACACAUAACUGUAGGCAGAUACAUAAAUCCGAAGGGUGUUGCCGGCGAGAUAAAAAUAUGAUUAAAUGUGCCACGGCGGCUAUAAACCAGAUGAAGACGAUGUUCGACACGGCUUGGUGCCCAAUCAAACAAAAACCGGACAAACGUCGAGGCAAAUACAAUGGUUGUGUAAUAGAUCCCGUAUGCAACAUCAGAGAAUGUCCAUUCCGUGGAACCGGAGUGGCGCCAAACGUCUUGGAGACUUAUUGUACCAAGAGCAAAGACAGGACUGGCAGCGGGGUUGCGGACCGUGACGCCAUGCGGCUGAUGCCUGGCGACGUGGGCCUGCGCGGUGACCGGGCCACUUUCUCGUUGGUCCGCGACGAUGGCUUGCCGCACUACCAGGGCACCAACGACCACGGCGCUGUGUAUUACAACAUGCGGCCAAGCGGUAAUCAGGUGGUGGUUGAGCAAGACGACGAGCCGGAUGGCGAUCACUCGCAGAUGUACGAGCAGGAGCAAGAGAUGGAUCAGGAUCAGGAACCGGACCAGGACCGUUAUCUGGACCAGGAUCAAGACAUGGAUCCAGACCAGGAACACGAUCAAGAUCAGGACCAGCAGGUGGACGAGUCCGGAGACCAGGCGAAGGAGCGCAAGCAUGUGAUGGAAAUGCUGCCCGCGUCUGUGAAACCGGCGCUCGGACCGGUCACCGGGCUGCCGGUGGGCGACGACGAGCACGUCUUCGUCCUGUGGUUGGGCAAGCGGCCAGGCGAACCGGACGAGAAAGCCAGGCUACAGAUCGAGGUGCGCGUGCCGAAGCGGGUGCCGGAACCGGAGGCGGCGCCGUCCGAGCCGGAGGUCGUGGAAGUGCCGCCGGAAGUGAACAAGGGUGGCAAGAAGAAGAAGCGGCGCGGUAGCUCCAAAAAGAGCAACAGCUCUAAAAAGAGCAACCGCUCCAAAAAGAGCAACCGCUCAAAGAAGAGCAACCGCUCAAAGAAGAGCAACCGCUCGAGGAAGAGUAACCGCUCGAGGAAGAGCGGAAAGAAAUGA